AUGCAGCUCCGCAACGGACGCGUUAUCGGCCCCACGCCGCAGGAGACUUCUACAAUGUCAGUCAACAAAAUGCCGAGCGGGACACGAGCCCAUGAUCGCCACGCGACUCCGGAGCCCACCGUGGCAGACCGGCCGCAUGGGCAUAAGGAGGCGCCCCCACAGGUGAUACCUAUGACCAAUGUUAUGCCAGGGGACAGUCCCUUCGUCACGUGGGACCAAUUCCAGUCCGCAAUGAGCGUGAUAAGAACUGUUAUAGGGGGGAACGUGGAAUCCGACGCAACGACUCCCAUACUACCAGAAGACGGUAACACUAUGGAGGCCUUUCUGCUGCGCAUCGAGCGCCGGUACACCCAGAUGGGAUUGGAACCGCGGGAGUGGGUAAAUGCACUUAUAGACCACCUUGUGGGCCCCGCUCUAACGUAUUGGAUGUAUCUACGGAGAACUAUCGACCUAAGCGACUGGACGACAGUACAGCGCAGGCUUUUUGAGCGGUUUGACAGAACAAUGUCGCAGAGUCAAUUGCUAACGGAGUUGGCCAAAGUACGGUGGAAUGGUAACCCGAAGGAAUACACGGACCGGUUUGCGGCUGUAGCGGAGCGUGGUUUGGGUUUUGCCCCCGACAAACUCGCGGACUAUUACUGCACUGGGCUACCGACAGACCUCCAUCUUCUAAUAACCAAUAACGGACAAGGUCGCGGACAUCCGGCACCUGUCUGCCCCAGCAAAGGGGAACGUACCAGACGUCCGGCGGAAAUCUGCAAGAAGUGUGGCGGUGUAGGACACUCUGCUCGGGACUGUCCAACGUAUGAACGAGUCCGGCCCGAGUCGGUGGACAAGAGCAGUAGGGCGCCCACCCAUCCUAGCACUGAGAAGACGGAACGAUUAAACGUGCGGGCCUAG